AAACGGACGUCGCAUGACGUAAACACUGAGCGCAGUUCCUGGUUUUUUGCAUUCUUUAGCUUUCAGUCGAUCGGUCGUUUUUCUCCGGGAAACCGGACACCACCUGGUGCGUGCUGCCCUGUGUUGGGAGAACAGUUUGUGUGCCAACGGUUCACCCCCAGAGAAACCAGUGUCUUGUGUCUGUCGUCAGUUUCCGGUGCAUGUUUGUGGCUCUGGUAAGACUGAACAGGAAGACGCAAAGAGACGUCUGAGCUGAGAGAGGAAACUGCUGUGGCUUCUUCUUCUGCCUCAGAAUGACAGAGUUCUGGGUUUGUUUCAGCUGCUGCAUUGCAGAGCAGCCACAACCAAAACGGCGGCGACGGAUCGAUCGCUCCAUGAUUGGGGAGCCAACAAACUUUGUUCACACCACACAUGUAGGCUCGGGGGACAUGGGCAUGGGAUUGCCAUCAGUGGACCUUGUUCAGGCCCAGAUGAAAUCUAAAGGGGGCUACGCGCACGGAGGUUCGGAAGGUUCUCAGUUGUAACGAGCUCUUCAGUCUUGUGGAAACUACUGUUGUUGAUAUGAGGAAGAAUUUUCAAAAGGCAGUUCCGUCUGUAAUGGACACAGGACCAAAAGAUGAAACUACUGCUUUUCCAUGAUGUUGUAUAUAUUUUUAUUUUCCAUUCUUUUUUUUUAAUGAAAGCACUGCUAUCCAUUUGCUGCCAUACUGUUGCACUGUAAAGAAUAACUGUUCAGAGUAGGUAAGAGGGUAUAGGAAGCUCAUAAUCUCAGUCAGAUGUAUGCUUGUGUGUAUGCAUGAGGAAAAUAUUUUCAAAAUAUUUGCUGUUGUAGCCCAUUUGGAUGCCUGUAUUUAUUAUCUGAUUUGUAAACGGACCUCACGGUGGCUGGGCCACACUGGAGAUUUGGAACAUUCAGUUUCCUUCUUUAUUCUCAGAGGUUUAUCAAAGGACAGGUAGAGGUAGCAAGGCAAAAUGCGAUAUGUUCGUUGUUUUAUUCUGAGAAAUACUCACGAUUCUCUGAGUUGCUUUCAGGGUUGAAGAUUGCUGUUUGUAAUAAACUUGAAAUGAGUAGAGUACACUGGACCAUACAUUGUACACUCACACUUGCUUAGGAAUUUUGCAUUGAUUUCAACUGUUUUUUUAUACUCAUUUAGAUUAAAUCAUAUAGAAUUUUAAUAAACUAUGAACUUCCUGAUCUGCCUUCUGAAGUCAUGUUUGUUGUUUUGUUUUUUUGUUUUACUAGAGCAAUUUGGAAGCUUGAUGCUGCAAGUACUAGUUUAGUGGUUUCUUAGAAGAUUCAUGCGUUUUUGUCUUUUCAAAGCUGGUGUACCAACAGUAAGCCAAGAAUUACACUUGUGUCCAAAAUCAUUAAUGCAAACAGUGCUACAAAGGUGAGUUAGGUUUAGUAGACUUGGCAGAAUUCCCCUCCUAUACUUCCAUCAUAUUUUUUCGGUUACAGCUGUCCUGUAUUCCCAGCACAGGUUGUCACACACUGUAAUUUCAGCGUGUGUUUGAGCUGCCGCCAUUUAAAGCUGACUGAUGCUGUUAAACUCACUUAACCUAAUUUGGCCCACCUUUGUAGCAGUGCUUGUGUUUUAAAAUUUUGAUUUCAUGUGAUGUUAACAUUGUUUUCUCAGAAUCACUAGAGGUAUUGACAUCUGACCAUCUGUGGACAUGAAGUUAUUUCCAGUUUGCCAGUUUUUCCUGUUUGUGCAAAUGCUUUACCCUUUUUCCUCAAGCACAUAUGAUAUUCCUCUCUUAGGGAAGAAAAGUAACUAGAUGCAGCUCUUAUUGCCUGAUGAUGCUGUUUGUCAAAUAGUGAUCAGACUAGAACUAAUGCCCUUUUACUGUCAUGGACCUUCUCGUCUUUCGGUAGUGUCACAAACUUCUGAACCAGGAUCCACUUAAAAUACGCAUGGGAGAGGUCAAAGGUGACGAUCAAACCAGCAGGCCUUGUUCCUCUAAUGUACGUCCUAUGAUUAUUCCAACUACAGAACGUGUUGAAUGUAUUAAUUCAAGCAUGUAGAUUGGUGUUAAAUGAGUGCUAUUGUCAAAGUAUACUAUGGUGCAAAGUGAAUGAAAUUUUGGGUGUUAGGACUCAUAAAACACUCAUUGAUAAAAUCACAUUUGUAAUAUCAUUUGCAGCCUUAACACUCCUGCUAACCCCAUUUCGUAUAAUUUCUUUAUCAGGUUAAAAUACUGUUUCAUUGAUCUGUUCUUGUUUAAAUGUCUAAGUAAUAAUACCUGUGUGAAGACAGAUCCACAUGUAUGUAGUCUAGAUUGUUACUCCCCCCCAGCUAGGGGCUAAAUGCUGUAGUACAUGCAGUCAAACUGGGAUUGCAGUGUUUUAUGUGACCAGCAGGCUGUGCAAGUGGACUGGUUGAAUGUGACUUUUAACAAAUCAUUUCAUUUUGGGAUACCUGUCAUAGGACAUAUUUUAUGAUGAUACUGUAAAUUUGUAAUGUGUAAAAGUGAUGGAUCCAUGGUUUAUUCAGAGUCAUACAUAUUUUUGGGUACUUUUCUGUCUGAUAAUACAGGGAAAGUAGAGUUGGCACAGUGUUCUGUUUUUUUUUUCCUCAGGAUCUGCCUAAUAUGUAGUUCCCGCUUUAAAGGGAAGUUCAUCUGUCUUUUUCUGCAUUUUUCAGAAUAAACAAAUAAAUGUUAUCUGUUGAUGUUUCA